AUGAACGGCUCCCAGGCGGGCGCUGGGGCCCCGGCCACCUGGCUGAGCUCCUGCUGCAACCAGUCGGGGGUGCCGCCGCCGGAGUCCCCCGAGGCGCCGCGCGUCGUGCUGGCGGCGGUGCUGGUCGUGCUGUCGCUGCUCGUGCUCUGCGGCGUCCUGUUCCUGGGCGGCGGCCUCCUCCUCCGCGCCCAGGGCGGCCCAGGACUCGGCGCCCGACGGCUGCUGCGGAGCGAGGGCGCCGCGUCCUCCACCGAGGCUGGCACCCGCGCAAGUGAGAGCGGGGGGCAGCUCUUCAGCGACUCGGGUUCGCCCUGCACGUCCACCAG